AUGUCAAAUCCGAUGUUGCCGGAGAGCUCAAGUAAAAGCAGCAGAAGAGUCCAUAAAAGGAGAGAGAGGAUGAUGUGGAAGAAACCCAUCAGGAUUUCCAGAUUGCCCAGUUUCGGAUUCUCCGGCUCCGAUUUCAGAGUUGAUCAGAUUCCGGCCAUCUUCUCCGGCUACACUGCCGAGUCCGAAGAUUCCUCUUCCUCCGAGAUGUCUGAUGAUUCAACAACUUACGAGGACAUUGACCAGGAAAGGUCAAAAAGACUCUCGGAUUUGAAGAGUAUAUCUCGAAUUUCAAGCAUGAAGGUUCUCAGGAGACAGUCAACGAGGAAACUAUCUUUAGGAGGACAGAGACUAAAGAAGAUGAGAUCUAUAAAACAUUUAACUUCAAACUCGAGACACAUUCUGAAGAAGAAGAAGAAUCUGGAUUCGGUUUCUAGUGAAGAUCUAGGAUUAUCACAGCCUCAUUACCUGAGACCAACGAGCUCUUCAGCUUCAAAGAAAAUGGAAAAGAUCCAGAAUAAUCUUGAGGUAGCUAGGUUAAAGAGACUGUCAAGCUUGAAAUACAAUGGGUUGCUUAAAGCUACAUGUUCUUCAGCUAUGAAAGGUUCCAAGAAGAGCAGUGAUGUUUGCAAUUACAAGUAUUGUUCUCUACACGGCCGGCCUCAUAGCCACGCCGCCGAUAAUAACAGUGUUGUUGGUGUUCCGUCUUUGAAGCGGUUUGUGUCGAUGAGGAGGAAUUUUUUGAAGAGGCAGAAGAGUGUGAACCGGCGUUUGGUGCUUUUGAAGCGGAGUUUGAGUAGAAAGAGAGGGACUUUAGGGGAUGGGGUUGUAACUGAUCAAGAAACAAAGCAGGUGGAUGAUGAUGGAGAUGGAGAAUCCAAGCAAGAGGUUUAUACAUCAGAGAAUGAUGGCAAUGAUUCGGAAUUGAUUGAAAAGUCUUGUGAGACUGUAAUGGUAGAUGUUGAUGGUAAAGGCGAUAGAGGAAUGGAUUCAGUGGAGACUGGUGCAUCAGCUAAAGAAUAUUGUGUACAUGUAUCUAAACCGGAGACUAUGGAUGUUAUAGAUAGAAGAAUUGAAAAAGAUUCAGAUGAUGAUGAUGAUGAUGAGGAAGUUUGUAGAGAAGAGGAAGUAAAGAAUACAGAAAAUGUGUGGAAUGAUACAGUUAUGCUUGUGAAGCAAGCGUUUGAUGAGAUACUUGCUGAAAUCACUGAUGAUGAUGUUUCUGUCACGAACUUAGAUGGUGAAUUGGCGAAAGAUGAUGAUGAUGGUGGAUCGGAUUCGAGUGAGACUAGCUCUGAUUUGGAGCCUAUUGAAGAAACAGAUACACAUUUGUACGUGAUUGGUUCUACUUCUCAUAUGGGAGAAGAAUCUGAUCAUGGGAGAGGUGGUGGUGGCAAGAGGUGGAGUUUCUUGAAAAGGGUGAUGCUUCUCAAGAGGUUUCUCAAGUCGUUGGAUCGAAGAGAGAGGCGUAAGUUUUCUUCUGAUGGUGAAGAGAGUGAGACUACAAUAAUGCGGUUGAGAAGUGAGUUGGUUGGAGAGAGGAAGAUUGCAGAAGAGUGGAUGCUUGACCAUGCUCUUAGGCAAGUCGUUUCCACACUUGCCCCGUCGCAGAGAAGGAAAGUGAAACAUCUUGUUAAAGCUUUUGAAUCUUUAGUUAAUGGAGGCUCUAGAGGUCAUGAUGAUCUUGGAAGUCCUGAUAGAGAAGAGAUCGAAACAGUGAACUCGGAGAUGAUCUUGGGAGACAAUGCUGAUGUAUCAGAAGGUUUACAAGAAAAGGAUCUUGAAGAAACUAAUGAAGCAUCAUCACCAUCUAUGUCUAUUGGUAUGAAAUCUGAUGAAGCUUUGGGACAAAAACAAGAUUCAAGUCAUCAUCUUGCUGUGGAGGAAAAGUUAGAUGAGUCGGCUUUAGUAAAAGAAGAGAAGACAGGAGAUUCUGAAAAGCAGAAUCUGUCUACAUGGAGGAACCUUAUACAGAAGCACAUGGUUAAGAGAGACAACAGCGAGAGAACUGAUCAGACUACAGGUAUUGAAGUGGAUGGUGAUGCUGCAGAGAGGCAGAGCCGUGCUGUAGAAUCAUUUCAGAAAGCAUUUGAAACGAUUCUCUCAGAAAUCCCUGACCAGUCUUUUGUUGAUGAAGUGGUUGUUUCAGAAUCAUCAUCAAACUCUGCGAAAGAGGAGAAAGAGGAUCAAGGAGAGAGCAAGAAGAGCUGGAAAGGCCUGAGAAAAGUUAUACUUUUGAAAAGAUUUGUGAAAAGUUUGGAGAAUGUAAGUGUUUUUAAUCUGAGGAAGCUGCGGAGUCUACCUGUUGAGUCUGCAUUGGGGGCGGAGAAUGUGUUACUGAGACACCAAUCAACAAUGGAGAGAAGAAGAAGAGAUGGAGAGGAAAUGAUGUUGGAUUAUGCUAUGAGACAAGCUAUAUCAAGAUUGGCUCCUAUAGAGAGAAAGAAAGUAGAACUCCUUGUGCAGGCCUUUGAUACAGUUCUUGAUGGCUACGAGACUCCUAAGAAACCCAAGCGCAGUGGCAAAGAAGGAACACCGAGAGCAGAGGAAGAUUGUGAAGUCAACAAAGAUGAGCAGAGGAUCAAAAAUGUGUUUUCAAGAUUUCAGGUGAAACAAGAAAAGGAGGAGGUUGAUACUUCCCUGAACAAUGUUAAAACUAGCGAAGAAGGAACUCUAAAAGUAGAGGAAGAUUGUGAAAUCAAGAAAGAUGAGCAGAGGAUCAAAAAUGUGUUUUCAAGAUCUCAGGUAAAUGAAAAAGACUUGAAACAAGAAGAGGAGGAGGUUGAUACUUCCAUGAACAAUGUUAAAACUGGCGAAGAAGGAACUCUAAAAGUAGAGAAAGAUUGUGAAGUCAACAAAGAUGAGCAGAGGAUCAGAAACGCGUUUUCAAAGGUACAUCAAAAGGGCUUGAAAGGAGAAGGAGAAGAGGAGGUUGAUUCUACGCCGAGGAAAUCCAGAAGUGUACUUCCUCCUAUCAAGAAUGUUAAACACCGAACCGUAUUGGAGAAAGAGAAAGAUUCAAGAAUGUGGAAGCUCAUCUACAAACACAUGGUAACAGAGAAAGAAGAAGGAAAUGGUGAAUCAGUAGAAAAUGAAUGUGAUGAUGAGUCUGGUGGUCAUCAGAUUGAUGCAAAAAGAAGCGGAACAGUUACACUUGUUAGAGAAGCUCUUGAGAAGAUCCUCUCUGAAAUCCCGGACAACUCAUCCGAUGAUCAAUCUAUAGACAGCGACAUAACUAACGAUCAAGAACUGUUCCGUGAAGAGCACGCCACCUUCAAAGCAAAGUCUAAUGAGAAGAUGAGAGUGAAAGGAUGGAACAAUGUGAAGAAAGUCAUUCUUCUAAAGCGGUUUGUCAGCGACUUGGUAAGUCUUUCAAGACUCAGCCCCAAGACUCCUCGAGUUUUGCCUUGGGAACCCGAUCCAGAGACCGAGAAGAUCCGUUUGAGGCAUCAAGAAGUUGGAGGGAAGAGGAACUCAGAGGAAUGGAUGCUUGACUAUGCGUUGAGACAAGCCAUAUCGACAUUAGCACCAUCUCAGAAAAGAAAAGUGACUCUUCUCGCACAAGCUUUCGACACGAUAAGCUUGCAAGAUAUUGGGAGUUGUUCUUCCACCCCUGGCUCUGCAGCAACGUCCAGGAACAUCUCUCGCCAGUCCAGCCUUUCCUCUACGGCGUUCCAUACUGAAAAUGAAACUAGUCAUGCUGAGAUCAUCAGAGGGAAGCUGAGAAAUCUACAAGAGGAUCUCAGAGAGACUACGAACGUCGAUAUGGAGGAGAAACAACAGUGCUCUGGCUUGUGGCGGUUGUUAUGCAAACAGAUGGAAGACAAUGAGAAGAACCAAACAUUUCCUGAAGAAACAAGUAAAGAAGAAGAAGAAGAGUUGAAGGAAGAUACAAAUGUGGAUGGUGAAAAGAUGGAGAUUUACAAAACUGAAGCGGUGGAGCUAUUAGGAGAAGUCAUAGAUGGAAUCUCUCUUGAAGAAAGUGGUCAAGAUCAGAGGACUGAAACUUUACCGGUCUCGCAAGUGAGGAUUAACCGAUGGAGCAACCUCAAAAGAGUGAUUCUGCUAAGGAGAUUCGUCAAGGCGUUAGAGAAUGUGAGGAAAUUCAACCCUAAGGAGCCGCGGUUCUUGCCGUUGGAACCAGGCGUUGAAGCGGAGAAGGUGAAUCUUAGGCAUCAAGAAACUCAAAACAAGAGAAACGGGGAGGAGUGGAUGGUCGAUAACGCGCUUCAAGAAGUGGUUUCGAAGCUAACACCAGCUCGGAGACUUAAAGUUCAGUUAUUGGUUCAAGCUUUUGAGACACUUUCGGCUACAGGGAACUGA